UUUAUGAUGAGCCUUUUUAGUAUACAUAUUUGUCAUUUUGGAAGUACCAUUUCUUAGACUAAUAGAUUAAAAAAGGCUCUUCAAACCAUCAUAAAACCAAUAUGAAAGGAAUAAGCUUAUUGACGCUUAUUAAAACCUCUACAAGGCUAAUUGAGCAUCAACGUGUUAUUUGGGAUUUCAUCAGUGAAACACAAUGCCCAGAAAGUCUAAUGUUACGGAAUUUGAGUUCGCAAUCCGGAUCGGCUAUCCUAAGCCUAAUCUACUAGACUAAUCCUAACGGUUCACGCAACCCACAUCUGAAUUUUCUCAUUUUCAGGUUUUCGUAAUAAGUCGAUGUUGAUAUUAUUUUUCUUUGUUUUCAAUUUUAGCGUCACUUUAUACGCCGAGUUUCUUCCAACAAAGCAACGAGCCAAAUGUGUUGUCCUGCUAGACUGCUUUUGGGCCCUGGGAGCGUGUUUCGAAGUGGCUCUCGCACUGGCCGUUGGACCCAAUCUGGGCUGGCGUUGGCUCCUGGGACUUUCGGCGGCUCCACUGUUCGCAUUUGCUGUGAUUACUCCGUGGCUACCGGAAUCGGCCCGUUACCACGUGGCCAGCGGUCAAAGUGACAAAGCCUUGACCACCCUGGAGCAGAUCGCCAAAGACAACAAGCGACCGAUGCUGUUGGGCCGAUUGGUCGUUGAAGGACCCAGUGGAUCACGUGGCAGUGUGAAGGCACUGCUGGGUAGCUCUCUAAGACGGACCACGCUUCUGCUGUGGUUCAUCUGGAUGUCGUGCGCCUUCUGCUACUACGGGCUGGUUCUGAUGUCGACGGAGCUGUUCGGAGGAAAGAACAAAACCGUGCUUCCCGAAACUGAAAACGAUUGCCACCCGUUGGCGACCACGGACUACAUGGAUCUGCUGUGGACUACGCUGGCUGAGUUUCCAGGAAUUUUCGCUACGAUCUACGUGAUUGAGCGGUUUGGUCGUAAGAAGACUAUGGCCCUGCAGUUCCUGUUCUACGCCGGAUGCGUGCUGAUGAUCACCGUUACCGAUGUUCGCGUCUUCCUGACGAUCAUCCUCUUCAUGGCCCGAGGCGUCAUUGCAGGUCUCUUCCAAGCCGCGUACGUGUACACUCCAGAAGUCUAUCCAACGGCGCUGCGCUCGGUCGGAGUAGGCGGUUGUUCGGCACUCGCUCGACUAGGAGCCAUGGCAACUCCAUACGUGGCGCAGGUUCUCUUCCAGUCGUCCAUCUGGAGUGCCGUUUCGGUAUAUGGGUUCUUUGCCGUUUGCGCCAGUGUUGCCUGUAUGCUGUUGCCGUACGAAACGAGAGGCACCGACAUGGGACAAUGAUUAUUAUCCAGAGUAUACUCAGCACAACGACAUAAACCAUCUGACACAAAGAUACCUCCUUGAAGAAUUAGGAACGAACCAGAAGAAUCCCAUUUGUUAUCGCUCUUUAUUACAGUCUAAGGAAGUAGGUUACUGUAUUUUUGUUGACCAAACGACGCGUUUUUUCAAUUUGUUUAGAUUUUAGUUGAAUGUGUGAAGUGUGUAUAUAAACGACUAUUUAUUUAUAUUAAAUAACUAACUAAUUAUAUUUAUGUACGAGCUUUUUCGAAUAAAAUGUACUUUUCUAUGGGUUUAA